AUGGAUAAAGCUUUUAAAUCAAUUUCUCAACAACUAAAAUUAACUGUAGAGAAAUAUGAUAGUGAAAAUCUUUUGGGAAUUUCUAUAAAUGCAUUUAAAAAAAAACAAGAUUUAGAAUAUGCUUGCAAAGUUUUUGAUAAACUUAAAGAAAGCAAAUUUAAUAAUACUUGUAGGACUGCCAGGUAUUACUUAGGCCUUUGCUAUGAAGGUGGUGUUAGAUGUUCACAAAAUUUAAAUGAAGCUAAAAAGUGGUAUAAGUCUGCUGAAUAUCUUGGUCACCUCGAAAAUAGACAGAUAUACUAG